CCAUGUUUUUAAAAAUAUGUCUCUGUGCGACGUGAGUUUGUUACAAGAGACUGUUUGUAGCAAGCAGUCCCGUUUGUGUCGUCGUUGAAAAGCGUUGCGUGUUUAUCGUUUCCUCAAAAAAAAAAAAGGAAACUGCUUCUUCUGGUGCUAAAUCGCUGUCACAAGAGAUGCUGUUGACGUCACCACAGCGUACUCAGAUGUCUUCUUCUCCACGAUAAUCCCAAAUAUGAUGCCUGUCUGAGGGAACAUAAUGGAAAAUGGCAAACCGAGUCGUGUGUGUCGGCCCCAGUGCAUCAGUGAAUCGUCCAAGGUUUUCAACUGGGUGGACCAAGCUGCUGAGGUGCUGCGUGGCCUCGACGAGCAGCGGCAGCAUGGCCAGUUCUGCGACGUGGUGCUGGUGGCGGAAAACCAGCGGGUCCCCGCUCACCGAGCCCUGCUGGCCGUCUCCAGCCCGUACUUCCACGCCAUGUUCACCUUGGGCAUGAGGGAGGAACGCCAGGAAGAGGUGGAGCUGGUUGGGAUGUCCUACAUCGGUCUGAACGCUGUAGUGGACUUCCUGUACAGCGGAGAGCUGCCAUUGGAUGGGGGAAACAUUGAGUAUGUGCUGGAAGCGGCCCACCUUCUGCAGGUGUGGCGAGCGGUGGAUUUCUGCUGUCAGUACCUGGAGAGGGAGGUAAGCGAGGACAACUACCUGUACCUGCAGGAGCUGGCCCUGCUCUACAGCCUGGAGCGACUCGACGCCUUCAUCGACUGCUUCGUCCUCGCGCGCUUCUCCACUCUCUCCCUCACCCCCGACUUCCUCCACAACACCCCGCCACUCAAACUGGCGUCAUACCUCUCCAGUGGAAAGGUCCAACACGACAGCGAGCAGGAGCUUUUCCAGGCUGUCCUGCGGUGGCUCGGCGAGGCUCCUGAGCGGAUGGUCAACGCUGAGCAGCUCCUCUCCCACGUCCACUUCCCCCUGAUGCCGACGGAGGAGCUGGCAAACUGGGUGCUGCCGGCGCUGAGGGCCCUGCCGACGGAGGAGGCCGGCUGCGAGGCCCUGGUGGAGGAAGCCCUGGGGUACCACGCCAAGCCCAGCGCCCAGCCGCUGCUGCAAACAGAACACACCACGCUGAGAGGGGGGGCGGAGCGGCUGCUGCUGAUCGGAGGAGAGGUGUCUGAACGUGGUGAGGAGCUGAGCGCCAAUGUUUGCCAGCUCGACGGUGAAACGGGGAUCUGGGAGUUGGAAACCGAGCUGCCUGCCAAGCUGAGCCACCACUGCCUGGCAGCUGGGGGCUUCAUCUUCACUGCCGGGGGCAGCUCGUCCAGGGACAACGGCGGGGACGCCGCCUGCAACCUGCUGUACAGAUACGACCCCCGCCACAACCAGUGGACCCGGGGCGCUCCGAUGAACGAGCGGCGAGUGGAUUUUUACCUGGGGGCGGUGGGAAACUGCCUGAUUGCCGUGGGUGGGAGGAACGACUCCGGAGCGUUGUCCUCUGUGGAGGUUUACUGUCCCGCUGAGGACUGCUGGACCUACGUGGCAGGACUGCCCAGGUUAACCUACGGCCACGCUGGGACAGUCCACUUCGGCGUAGUCUACAUCUCAGGUGGUCACGACUACCAGAUCGGCCCGUACCGCCGCGACGUCCUGAGCUACGAUCCGUUGCGGGACAGCGAGGUGUGGGUGGAGCGCCGGGCCAUGUCCAUGCCGAGGGGCUGGCACUGCAUGGCCUCCCCGAACCACCUCAUCUACGCCAUCGGAGGCAGCGACGACCACGAGGACACUACGGAGCGCUUCGACAUCCUGCAGGUGGAGUCCUACGACCCGCGCAGCGGCCAGUGGACUCGGGUGGCGCCGCUGCUGCUGCCCAACAGCGAGGCGGGCCUUGCGGUCUGGGCGGGGAGGAUCUACGUGCUCGGGGGCUACAGCUGGGAGAGCAUGGCAUUCUCCAGGGCCACUCAGGUGUACAACCCCGACGAGGGCUCGUGGUCCAGGGGACCCGACCUGCCGAAAUGCAUCGCAGGGGCCUCAGCAUGCGUGUGCAUAGUGAAGCCUUCACCAUCACCACCCUCUCAGAAGACAAAGAAGAUGGGACAAGGGAUGAAAGGAAGAUUACACCCCACGUAGCAGCAGUGAUGAAGGACUUUAUCUCUGUCCAAAAAUAAUUGUGAUAAACCUUUAAUAGAAGAAACAUUUUGUUAUAUCCCCUCCACGGGUAUCAGAAUCAUUUUCUGGGGCCGUGCAGCUUUAAAAAGGCAGAGAGGUGGCAAAAACAGUAACCACUGAAAUAACCAGAGGUUAUUUGCAGCUGUUAUUCUUUAGUUAAGAACAUCUGAAACUGAUCAGAAAGGAGGAUGGAACAGACGAAAAUAAUUCAAGACCUACAGUUGAGUGACAUACUGCGUGUCUGAGUAUUAACACUGUAAAGACAGAUAUAUGGGUCAGGUGACCGCCGUGGUAGGCAAGACUACCAAAACUAGAAUUACCGCCUCGUGCUUAUAUGCCUCCCACCAACUAGUCAAGUUGCAGUUUACAUCCAUGUCUGUCAAAAAUGUCAUCACUUCAUCAUUUGGUCCUAUUAGAAAUUCAUGUCAUAUUUAGCUUAUUCAUUCUUGAGUUAUGGCCAAAAAUGUGUUGCUUGAGGUCAAGGGACCUUUGACCACCAAAUUCUAAUCAGUUUAAUCUUCCUUUGCACCAAUUUGAAAGAAUUCCCUCCAGGUGUCCCUGAAGAUAUCUCGAGAAUGGGACAGCUGGAAGGCCACCCUAGUACCUAAUGCCUUUAGCCCAGACUGCCGCCAAUGCAGUGGCAUAAAAAUCUGAGAAAUCCCUUAUAAUCCUAAUUCCGGUUUCAGGGUCAGUUUGCUUUGAAGUACUAAAAGUGGUGAAUUUGACAUUGUUGAAAAGACAUUCAGCUACAGAACUACCUUCAUGUGAAUGAUUGUUUGUGUAUUAUUUUUUCAACCUGAUCUCACAGAAAUAUGUGAAAUGAAAUGACAGCGCAUUUCGUGGUUGAGGCACAACAAAAUUACGUGGCAGGACUUGGAAAACAUUAUAACGUAAGGUUUAGGCAACAAAACCAAGUAGUUAUGAUUAGUAAAAACAUCCUGGUUGGGCUUCAAAUAAGUAUGUGUCAACAUCACGAUUUAAGCACCACGUACCGAGUUAAUCGUAACUCGGUACGUGGCACCACCAUGUGAUGUGCUGUUAACAGGUCGUGGUCAUUUCUCGUAUUUCUGAACAGAUUUAAAGUGUUAAGUGCACAAAUAUAUUAAAUUAAAGUUCAUCCAGCAAUAACUACCUUAACACACACAAUACAGAGAGUGUUUGUAAUAGCAUGAUAAUGUGAGGCUCAGUAUUGUAUAUUGUUAUAAAAAAC